CACGGCUGUUCCCUAGUGGACGUAGCUACAGUGGCUGGCUACCUUCACUGAAGACGGGGAUUUGCAAGAUUGCUUAAGUUUUAGCGACCUAAGUCCUCUUUUCCUUCAAUCCGGGGCGUCCCCAGAUCCAUUGUUUGAAUAGCAAACAAAAGUUAUUUCUUCCUUUGUUUUCACCAGUAUCUUGGUGUCAAAUAACCUACUAGAAGUGCACUGAUGAAGGAAGGUGGAGGAACACAGAAAGGGGUGGAGUAAUGACAAGAAGAAAGAUAACUGCCUUUCCUCCUCAUCCGAAGAGAGCCGAGGAGGUUAUUUAGAGGGAGGAGUCCUGAAUGAGCGACACACGCUCCUCCGGUAGUAACGACGUCCAAUCGUGACAGAGGAAGAGUUGGAAAUUCAAGUGUGUUGAAAUGUCUGCGGCUGUAUUGACAUAGGAUAGCAAAUUAAUCACGGAUAACUCAACUGGACGACUUCUUUUUUGCUGUUUUGUUAAUAACGCCGUGUGAUUGCCCUUGGCUCUCUUGCUUUCGUUUUUCCCUUAGAUUCCCCCCCUAAUUAUAGCGGCCAAAGAAGGACUAGUAAUCAACCGCCGCUUCUUUUUUCUGUAACGCUGUUUCCAUUGGCGUACCUCUCACUCGGAGGCAGAGUUGAGAGAUUGUCUCAUAUAAUUAGCUAGCUUGUUAGCAAAGCAGCCACACAUCAAUACCCACCAACAACGACUGUGGGCCGCUGGCUGUCACGCGUUAGCCAAGUAGCUAGCAACCUAGCUAGCAUCACAAAACCUUAUCGUCGCUCUGUGGACCUUUUGGCCUUCACAACGAUGAAAUCGAAGAGGAACUGAAGGAAUACGUGUUUAAAGCAACGGACCUAAAGUGAGUAGUCUAACAAUGGCAUUUCAAAACUACUGAAGCGCUGAAGCACAUCGGAAGAAAAAGAGAAGAAGGAAAAAACAAAAAGAAUUUGAGAGCACAAGGAACGUUGACUAGAGGAUCAGUCCAGCAGCGGGCCCGGGUGCAUGCUGGCCCCCCCAACCGGUCGUCCUCUACGGUGUGAUCGGGAGAAACAAACGCAAGAAUGCGCAAUAAACGGAGAGAGGGCGGGGCGGCGGCGGCGGGGUGCUGCGUGAUGUGGCCCGGCAGGAGCAGGACUACCUUUCUGGUGCUGGGCCUCCUGGUGGCCGCGGCGCACGGCGGCUGGCCCGAGGGACAGGUGGAGGUGCUGGGGGAGGUGGGCGGGCAGCUGGAGGCCUCCAUGCGCUCGUCCGUGCUGGCGGACUGGCAGGAGGCUGCCGCCGCCACCGCGGUGGUGCCACCCGCAGGCAUCCCAGACUCCUCGGCGGUGGUGGGCCGGGUUUUCCAGAUGAAAGUUCCGACGAAGGCGGCGGAGGCCGGCAGUGCGGUGAAGAUAACAGAGGCUGGCAAGGAUGUUUUACCAUCAUGGCUUCACUGGGACUUUGAUAGCCACACCCUUCAGGGCAUUCCUCUGGAGGUGGACAAGGGUGUCCACUACAUAUCUGUGUCAAUCUCUGAGCUACAUGCCAACGGGAGCCAGACCUCUCGCAGCCCUGAUGUUUUCUCCAUCGAGGUGCACCCCGAGGAGCAUGCGGACACUGACCCCAUUCAGGUCGCACUCCAGUCUGCCAACAACGAGGUCCAGCCCUUUGUCUGUGGCAAUGAGGAGCCUGUCACAGUGCUCACUGUCAUACUAGACGCUGACCUUACCAAGAUGAGUUCCAAACAGCGAGUGGAGCUGCUGUCUAACAUGAAGAAAUUCUCUGGGGUAGGGCUACAGCACAUGAAGAUCCUGCCCGUAGUGAACAAUCGUCUCUUUGACAUGUCUGCCUUCAUGGCUGGACCGGGGAACGCCAAGAAAGUAGUGGAGAAUGGAGCCUUGCUGUCCUGGAAACUGGGCUGCGCUCUGGACCAGAGCAGCGUUCCCAAUAUCAGCAGCGUGCAGGUGCCGGCUAAGGAGGGAACAAUGUCAGCGCAGCUCGGGUACCCUGUUGUCGGGUGGCACAUUGCCAACAAGAAACCACAUGUACCUAAACGGAUUAGGCGGCAGCUCAACAACACCCCGACUCCCGUCCCUUCUGUGCUUCCCCCAACAACCUACCCUGAUCCCCCCAUACGCAUCGUGCCCACGCCUACAUCCCCUUCCAUCGCUCCCACCUCAGACAGCUCUGCACCUCCUGUUCGAGGCCCCGUACCUCUGCCUGUGAAGCCCACCAUUAAGACCAGAGAUCCCAUCGCCCACACCCCCACGCUGGGGCCUCCCCAGCCCACUAGAGUUAUGGACACUACUAGCACUAUAGUUAUCCAGCCCACAAUGACCAGACCUGUGAUUGUUCAAGCCACAGCUUCUCCUACUCCAGCAACAUCCACCACAAAAAGACCUAAGACCUCAACAUCAACAAAGAAGCCCAGGAAGCCCAAGACUUCUACUCCAGCACCAAGGGACACUAGAACUACCACAGCCAAACCACCUAAGCACACCACUCCUUCAUCUGUUGUGCCUGACACUAUCAAUGUUGGCCCAGAACUACGCAACCCCAUAGACCAGGUGAAUGCUUUUGUAGGCACUUACUUUGAAGUUAAAAUUCCCUCCGAUACUUUCUUCGACAAGGAGGACGGCACCACAGAUAAGCUGCGGCUUACUCUGCGGAAGAGCCACAAAGAUGUGGUCGGGGAAGGUUCCUGGAUACAGUUUAACAGCACCAGCCAGCUACUGUAUGGCCUUCCAGACUGGCAGCAAGUAGGCAAGCAUGAGUACUUCAUGCAAGCUACUGAUAAGGGUGGCUUGAGUGCCGUAGACGCCUUUGAAGUCCGAGUUAAUCGCUGGCCCUCGAACGACAAGCCUCCAGUCUUAUUCAGUGCCCGCUUCCAAGGAGAGCCCCGCAUGGUUACCAACGACAUUCACAAGAAGAUUCUGCUAAUAAAGAAUCUAGCCUACUCAUUUGGGGAUCGCAACAGCAGCACAGUCACCUUGAAGAACAUCACCAAGGGCUCCAUUGUAGUGGAGUGGACAAACAACAGCUUGCAGCAGAAUCCCUGCCCCAAAGAGCAAAUCCAGUCUAUGAGCAGUAAGAUCUCAGAUCCAAAUGGAAACCCCACCCUGAAUUUCAAUAAUGUCAUGGAGCCAGACUUCAAACCUAUUAAUAUUACUGUUAGAGGCACAGGUAGCUGUCGUAGCUACAUGUUCGUUCCGCCAGGAGAGAUCUACAUGCCUGCACCGCCUGUCGCGACCCCUGCCUCGGGCACAGGACGACAGAGCACAGAUGAUGUGUAUCUCCAUACUGUUAUCCCCGCUGUAGUUGUGGCUGCCAUUUUACUGAUUGCUGGUAUCAUUGCCAUGAUCUGCUACCGCAAGAAGCGCAAGGGUAAGCUCACCAUCGAAGACCAGGCCACUUUCAUUAAGAAGGGUGUUCCAAUCAUAUUCGCCGACGAGCUGGAUGACUCCAAGCCCCCGCCGUCCUCCAGCAUGCCUUUAAUCCUCCAGGAGGAAAAGCCGCCUCUGCCCCCACCCGAGUACCCCAACAUGGCCAGUCCAGAGACCACUCCCCUAAACCAGGACCUUUUGGGAGAGUACACGGCCCUGCGGGAUGAGGAUCCUAAUGCGCCCCCUUACCAGCCCCCACCGCCCUUCACCGCCCCCAUGGAAGGGAAAGGCUCGCGUCCAAAGAACAUGACACCCUACAGGUCUCCGCCACCUUACGUGCCCCCCUAGUGGUCAGUGAAACCUCCACUAGAGGAGGAAAGGGGACUUCCGAGGUUCCACACCAGUGUUGUCUGUUUGGGGGAUAAAAAAGGGGGUGGGUAGGGUUCUAUAACAUGGGAGAGGGGGAGGGGGGUGGUGGCUGAAAAAGGGGAGGAAGGGGUAGGUGGUAGCCUGAAAGGGAAGCCAUCCAGAACUUCUUCAGUCUCCCCUUGUUUUGGCUACUGCUGAACAGCUACAAGGGAGAUAACACCCUCCUACCCCAGCGCUUUUGUUUUUGUCUAUCAGUUUGUUUUUUUUGUUUUUUUUUUUUUUUGGUUGUUUUUUUCUUUCUUUGACUGACUUCAAAUCAAACUGUACUUGCCUAACAGCACUCUUUUUAUCUUCUGAACUCUUUCUUUUAAAUAAUACAAGAAGACAAUAAAACAAACUGCAGGCUCAAAGUUUUGUUAGAGAAAAAUCACGUAAGAAAAAAAAAAACAUAACCACAAGGAACUUGAACAGCCCUGCGGACAGCACUGGGGUUGGUGUUUUGAUUCAAUAAGGUUUGCCUUUUAACACUAAUUGUACUGUUUUUAUUCACAUGUGUCUAGCUAAAAUGAUCAUAACAAUUAGCUUAAAAAAUGUAAAAAGAAAGAAAAAAAAUACUUCUUUGAUUUAAUCCACUGUAUAUCUGAAAGAUGUUCUGCUAGAUUGUAUUUUUUGGGGGUAAGUACCAGACUGAAAUAACCUGCAGGAAACAUUUUUUCCCCAGUUUCAAACAGGGUUUGUGUACACAGAAUAACCGCACACAAAUGGUUUCCACCAAGAAAAAUCAUUGCUGUGAAAAUGAGGGAAUGUAUAUUUAAUGCCAAGGUCUGCCAGAAUAAUACCACCCGACUGAAAAUAUUUUCACAGAAAUGGAGAUGUAUUUAGAGGUUGUGCUAUUCAUAUGACAGUCUAUGUGUAUGCCCAAGAUUAGCCCCGUAGUAUAAGAAUCAAGUUUAUGAUAAUUAUGAAGUGUCUAUUUUUUCCAUGAAAAUGGUAUUCUUCAUGCUAAAUUUGAUGACAGUAUGUUAAUUUUAUGCCAUUGUCCUUAUGUGGCAUUGCAACAAGUGUCUUUUGUACAUAAUGGUGUGCCUGUGAAAAUAAAUUGUAUUGAUAUUUUUGAAAAUCAUAAGCCCAUAAAGUUUGUGUAAAUACAAAUAGUAAAGAGGGAAAAAGCCUCCUGCAGUUUAUUUUAGUUGAGGGGUAAUUAUUUUUUUAUGUAGUGAUGCUCUUGUUCUCACAUUUAAAAAAAAAUCAGUACUAUUCAGACUAUACCAAUAAGCAUACGUGAGCUGUCCACAACUCGGAAAUCAUGAUUCCCAGAAGACAAGACAUGGAGGAAGCAAAAUCAGAGAUAAUGUAAUGGGAGAUUAAAGAAUAAAAUCAAAAUGGUUAAAAAAAUCUCAAUCUAAUUUUUUUACAAAGUUUUUGAU